AAAAAAGCACACAUGAAAGGGACACCAAAACCCCCAAGGCGGCAAGGCCACAACCACAAGCACUUCUCGCUUCCAAUCUUCCCUCCCCUGUUCCGCCUAUUUGAUUCGCCAUUCAAUUCAAGAAGCCGCCAUGGCCGUGGCAGCAGCUGCGCACCAACAAUCCAGGCUCCCUCGCUGGCCCUGACGCCAAGAAACGUCAGCAGCUGCCCGAAAUCCGGGAUCUUUCCUUCCCUUUGAUUUGGCUGCGGGUUCUUGGGCGUGGAGAGGAUGACGAGGGGAGGCGGAGGAGGGAAGGAAGAGGGGAAGGUGAUGGGGCCGCUGUUCCCACGGCUCCACGUCAGCGACGCCGGGAAGGGCGGCGGCCCGCGGGCGCCGCCCAGGAACAAGAUGGCGCUCUACGAGCAGUUCACCGUCCCGUCCAACCGCUUCAGCUCGUCCGCCUCGACCCGCGCCGGCGGGGGCAGCCUCGUGCCCUCGACGUCGGCGAGCCAGGUUUAUGUGUAUGACAGGCCUCUGUUCCAGCCCUUUGAUAUGCCUUCAAAUGAACCUGCUCACUCAUCUGAAAAGAUCAAAGGAAACUCUAUCAACAGGCAGUCUAAUAGCACAAGGAGAGAAUCUGGGAGGCUAUCCUCACAGACCAAGAACAAUGACGUUUAUGCUGCAAGAUCAAUUGCUGAGUGCACCUCACAGCAUAGAGUGAGCAUCAUCGUCAAGAAUUCUACUGGGAAGGAAGUGGCCAAUGAUGAUGAAUUUAUGGUUCAUUCCAUAUGUUCUCCCAGAUUUCCUCAACAUUCUACUAAAGAGCAUGAAGGUGUUCAAGGGAAAUUGAAACCCCUAUGUGCUACAAAUCCACACAAAAGUCUGUCUGCAAUGUCGAAAUCAUCUACAAAAUGUGAUAAUGCUGUGAACAGGCACUUGGAGAGAAUCAAUGUUUCUGAUAUGAGAUUAAUGAGCUCUCCAAAAGCUAAGGAGAAAGAACCAGUGCAAGUAGCAAAAAGCGUGCAAGUUAAAGAAAAGAGUGAAUCAAUUCGAGCAUCCAAAGAUAAGUUCGGAAACAAAGACGCUAAAGUAUGUUCAAAGAGCGAUAAGGCAAGUAAUAUAAAUAGUUCUGACAACCCACAUCUUGGAAAUAGCGGGCAUCAACCUACAAGCAUGAAUGGAAGUUCCAUGAAAGCACAAAACCCUACAGCAGCCAAAAAUACAGUAUCCUGUAAACCCUGUCUUGAUUUAAAUAACUCUAAUCGGAAUUCUAAUUUACCAGAAGGAAGUUUAAGAGAAGCUGGUGCAAAGAGAAAAAGGUCACUAGGACAUCAUGAUGUAGAGCAAAAUGAUGAUUUAUCCGACUCCUCAGUGGAAUGUAUACCUGGGUGGGAGAUUUCUCCAGACGAAAUUGUUGGUGCUAUUGGUCCAAAGCAUUUCUGGAAGGCAAGAAGAGCUAUGCAGAAUCAGCAGAGGAUUUUUGCUGUCCAAGUAUUCGAGCUGCAUAAGCUGAUAAAAGUGCAGAAAUUCAUUGCAGCAUCUCCACAUCUGCUUAUUGAAGGUGAUCCUUGCCUUGGCAAUGCCUUAGUGGGAAAGAAGAACAAGCUGCCUAAAGGAAAUCUGAAAGCACAAACCCUGUCAAUCGCAAACAAGGAUGAUAUUCAGCCAACUAUAGAGCAGCCAGAGUUAACAAAAGAAAACACUGAAGGAGACCCGCCAUCCCCUUCUCGUGAUGAUGGGCUUGGCGGCAACCAUCAUGAUCAAGCAGCAGCAAAUGAAGCCUUUACAAGCAACUCUCCAGCUAUGCCUGCUGCUCCUGACAACAAACAGAAUAGCUGGUGCAUGAAUCCGCCACAAAAUCAGUGGCUUGUCCCAGUUAUGUCUCCUUCUGAAGGUCUUGUCUAUAAGCCUUAUACCGGGCCGUGUGCUCCAGUUGGAAGUUUGUUGACCCCAUUUUAUGCCAACUGUACUCCUUCUACGGCAUAUGGCGUUCCGAUGCCUCACCAGCCACAACAUAUGGCCCCUCCUGGCGCUCCUGCCAUGCCCAUGAACUACAACUACUUCCCACCUUUCAGUUUACCAGCAUCUGCAGUUGAGCAAGGGAGCCAUGCUGCUGCAUCACAGCCCAAUGGGCAUGUAGAACAACAGUCACGGAUCUCAUGCAACGACAUGUCGCACCCGAGUGGCAUUUGGAGAUUUCAUGCAUCAAGGGACAGCGAGCCUCAAGCCAGCAGUGCCAGCAGCCCUUUUGGCAGGCUUCAAGGUGAUGGAAGUGGCCCGGUGUCAUUCUUUCCGGCAGCUUCAGUUCAGAAUGCCCAGCCUCAGUCCUCAUCUGGAAGCCGGGACAAGCAGAACCAUGUGAUCAGGGUUGUUCCGCAUAACGCACAAACUGCUUCAGAAUCAGCAGCACGGAUUUUCCGGUCAAUACAGAUGGAGAGGCAGCAAAACGAUUCGUAGCUGGUAAUUGUGUGGUUGCCUGGUUGGAGGCAUUUGAUCAUAGUGUGAAUGUAGUUUACAGCUCGUCCAGAACUCCGGAUUGUUGUAGCUCUCUUACCUGAUCAUCGUAGACCUGAUAAUAUGGUCCUCUGUUCACUGCAGGUUUGUAACACAGGGUUCUACCAAAGUGGUGGCCCUGUUAUGAUUAGGCAGUGGCUGGAAUCCGGUAUAUAUAUUUGCUGAUCAGCAGUAUUUCUGUAACUUGCAAUAGACAAUGGGUGGUAACUGGUACAGUAGGAAGAUGAAGUCAGAAAUGGCUCUGCUGGUAUGAGGGGAUACAUUGUUUAUACAGUACUAGUAAUGUAGGCUGCUGUACCAUUCAUAAUGAAACGGCUCGCUCUAUUUUGUACAGUUACCAUAUGAAAGCUGUACGGCAUGCUGGGCAAUGAAGCAGAUGACAGAAGCUAUUAUGCUGGAAAUCAUCUGUUGCCUUGUUUCUGUUCUGAACUUUGGUUGUGGAUUAAACAAAGUUCUAUGUUGCUGUU